UUUAUGAUGUUUGGCAGGGAAGCUAGGUAUCCAACUGAAAUCCCAGAAGAUUACAGGGUUGACAACAGUGUGGAGGAGAAUUUGUCUAUUGAGGAAGCAACUGAAAACAUUGUUAAACGGGAUGAAGCCAUUCAGGCUGUGUUGUCCUCAAAAAGUAUUCCCAAAAGCACCAAGUGCAAAGUUGAAGCCACCCAUAAGUUUGAUGUGGGGAUGAAAGUGUGGCGACUCAAUCCAAGAAGACAAAGGCAAAAAGGAGGAAAGUUGGACCAAAAAUUCCUUGGGCCCUACACUAUCGUGUCUAUUAGUGGAAAAAGUGUUGAUCUGAAGGACAGCCAAGGUGUGAUCACAACUAAAAUAAACACAGAUCACCUGAUGUGUUACAAGGAGGAGAAGCCCAGGGUGCCCCAGAAGUGCAAGGAAGUCUCACUCACCACAGCUGUGUCUGAAUCCAUGCUCACUACACCGGUCUCCUCACUUCAGCCUGCCCCACCCGUGUCUUCGUCCCAUCCUGCCACACCUGAGCCUUCAUCCCAUCCUGCCACACCUGAGCCUUCGUCCCAUCCUGCCACACCUGAGCCUUCUUCCCAUCCUGCCACACCUGAGCCUUCAUCCCAUCCUGCCACACCUGAGCCUUCUUCCCAUCCUGCCACACCUGAGCCUUCAUCCCAUCCUGACAAACCUGAGCCUUCAUCCCGUCCUGCCACACCUGGGCCUUCGUCCCAUCCUGCCACACCUGAGCCUUCAUCCCGUCCUGCCACACCUGGGCCUUCGUCCCAUCCUGCCACACCUGGGCCUUCGUCCCAUCCUGCCACACCUGGGCCUUCGUCCCAUCCUGCCACACCUGAGCCUUCAUCCCGUCCUGCCACACCUGGGCCUUCGUCCCAUCCUGCCACACCUGAGCCUUCAUCCCAUCCUGCCACACCUGGGCCUUCGUCCCAUCCUGCCACACCUGGGCCUUCGUCCCAUCCUGACAAACCUGAGCCUUCAUCCCAUCCUGACAAACCUGAGCCUUCAUCCCAUCCUGCCACACCUGGGCCUUCGUCCCAUCCUGCCACACCUGGGCCUUCGUCCCAUCCUGCCACACCUGGGCCUUCGUCCCAUCCUGACAAACCUGAGCCUUCAUCCCAUCCUGACAAACCUGGGCCUUCGUCCCAUCCUGACAAACCUGAGCCUUCAUCCCAUCCUGCCACACCUGAGCCUUCAUCCCAUCCUGACAAACCUGAGCCUUCAUCCCGUCCUGCCACACCUGUGUCCAUUGUGACACCCACCUCCUCAGGACCGAAUCCUUCAGGCUCUGGUUUUCUAAACUGUACCUUGGAUCCCUCAGUUGUCAAAAAUGUGAAAGAUGCAUGGGAAGGGGAAAACAGUGGUGUUCUUGUGUCCAAAAUUGGACCAUAUAAGUUAUUUUUUGGUGACAUUUUCAACACAGCCCCUCAAAGAGAACUGGAAAGUGAGGUUAUAAAUGCAUACCUGACCGUGCUGGUGAGAAAAUUCAAUGACAAAAACACAGAAAGGGCAUUUGUCAUUGACUCCUUUGAAAUGACAAACAUAUGGCAACAGAAAAAACCAAAGAUAAAGAUUGACCCGGUUUUAUACAAGUACGUCCUAGGGAUAGUCAAUGAGAGCCAUCACUGGAUGCUAGUGGUCAUGUUACCAGGAGAGAAGAGGAGUCUUUUCCUGGAUCCAUUGGGUGAGAGCACAUCCAAAAUAAAUCACUGCAAAGACAUUUCCAGAUCAUUCAUGAGACUCAAGGGUUUAAAUGCAUCCAGAUGGGAAUGUGACACAGUCAGUCACCCAAUCCAAAAAGAUGCCACUUCAUGUGGUGUCUAUGCAUUAAAGUUUGCUGAGUGCAUCCUGAGUGGCCUUCCUGUUGCAUUUGACAACUCGGUGAAAACCAUACAUGAAAUGAGAGAGCAGAUUGCGAUCUGCAUCCUGGAAAACACAGACGACUUGACUGAACUUUGCCAUCUUUGUGGGCUGGUGAAUGGUGACACCCACUGGAUUGGGUGUGACUUGUGCCCACGAUGGUAUCACCGAAACUGCCUGAAAAAGAAAACAGGGAAAAAGUUUGUCUGUGAAGUGUGUCAGAAGAAGAAAUAA